AUGGUGCCCAUUGGAGCCUCCCCUCUUAAUAAUUCACUCCUAGCUCACUCUCCCCGGCAGAAGCAAAGGCCUCGUAAAUUUGACCUCUCUGCCUCUCUCUUCUCUGAUCUUUGUCGCAAGCUAGAUUGGUCGCUCUCUUUCACCGACCCAGCAAGGCGGCAAUUCUCAGGCAAUAAAUAUGAAAUAUUCUUGAGUUUUAGUAGAGAGGAAGACACUCAAGUAUCUUUGGCUUCUCGUCUCUAUUCAUCCUUAAGGGAAGCAAGAAUUUCUGCUCCUGAUGAUGAUAUCUCAGUUGAACUGUUGCCAAGCAUUAUUGAAAGUUCCGAAAUUUCCAUCAUCAUCUUUUCUAUACAAUAUGUUAGUUCAAGAAGAUGCCUCGAGGAACUCACAAAAGUCAUGGAGUUCCGCAGAACACGAGAUCAUGUUAUUCUUCCCAUAUUUUAUGGUGUGGAUCCGUCUACGCUUCGUAAUCUAGAAUCUGGUCCUGGACAAGAAUUCCGAGAACAUAUAAAAAGAAUUUCACCCGCUGAAAAUGAAGUGUUAAGGUGGAUGACAGCUGUCAGGGAAGCUGGAGGCAAUUAUGGGUUCGUUGUGUCAGAUGAUUUCGACUCCAAGAAUGAAAGUGAGGUUAUUCAGAAUAUUAUCAAGCGUGUUCGUCAUAUAUUGGACACAAAAGACCCGUUUUCCAGAGAUGGCCUGGUUGGGGUGAGUUCACAAGUACAAGAAGUGAUUAAAAUGCUUCAAAAGCAUCAAUCAGAAGAUGUUGUCUCCAUAGGGAUAUGGGGAAUGGGGGGUAGUGGCAAAACAACACUUGCCAGACUCGUUUUUGAGCACAUUCAGUACGAAUUCAAGAGUAGAUGUUUUCUUUCAAAUGUCAGGAAAGAAUGGAAGAGGGAAGGCCAAGCUUAUUUACAGAAAAAACUUCUUUCAGUAAUAUGUGAAGCAACAGAUGUGAAAAUAGAUAGCAUUGAAUCAACAAGCCUCGAGUUGAAGAAAAGACUUUGUCAUAAGAAAGUACUUCUUGUGCUUGAUGAUGUUAUUCACUUGGAGCAGCUACAUGCUUUAUGCGGAAGUAGCGAAUGGUUUGGUGAAGGGAGUAGAAUCAUCAUUACAACUAGAGAUAAACAUCUACUUGAAGCCUUUCAAGAGGACCGUGUAUAUACCAUGAAACUCCUGGGCGAUCAUGAGUCUCUUGACCUUUUCUGUAGAAAAGCAUUUAAACAAGCAAGUCCUGAGGGAAAAUUCAUCGAACUAUCCACAAGAGUGGUUGCUUAUGCUGAGGGACUGCCACUAGCUCUUGAAGUUCUUGGCUCUAUUUUUUAUGGGCAGUCAUGUGGGCUGUGGGAGUCGAUGUUGAUGAAACUAAGCAUAAUUCCCCCUGAUGAUAUAUACCAAAAACUAAAGCCUAGCUUUGACUCUUUGGAUGGUAAUGGAAAAGACAUAUUUCUAAAUUUAGUUUUUUUUUAUAUUGGGGAGAAGAUUGACGAUGCGAUACAAAAUCUGGAAGGCCGUGGUUAUAAUGCUAGAACUGGGAUAAGAGACCUACAGUUUCGAAGCCUUGUAACCAUUGAUGAGGACAGACUUAGAAUGCACAACUCAUUGCAGCUCAUGGGAAGACAAAUAAUAAGUCGAAGUCCGCAAAACGAGCUUCCAAAGCAAGGUGAUAGGUACGAGGUAUUCUUAAGUUUUAGAGGUGAAGACACUCGGGCAACUUUUACUUCACAUCUCUAUAAGGAUCUAGAUAAAGCUGGCAUUAUUGUUUUCAAAGAUGAUAUUGAGCUUCCCAGAGGAAAUCAUAUCAAAACGGAACUACUACAAGCAAUUAGAAGUUCAAAAAUUGCAAUUAUCAUCUUUUCUAAGGAAUACGCUGGAUCUAAAUGGUGUUUGGAGGAAUUGUCAAUAAUCAUGAAGCUUCAUAAAUCAAAUGGUCAGGUGGUUCUGCCUGUGUUUUACCACAUGGAUCCAUCAGAUGUUCGUCAUCAAACUUCAGGUUUUGGAGAAGCAUUUCAAGGUCUUACAGAAAAAAUUUCACCACCAAAAUUUGAGGUUCACAAGUGGGCCACAGCACUUCGUGAGGCUGGGGAAAUUGCAGGGAUUGUCGUACCUGGUUACAGGGACGAGGGUAAAAUUGUGACAGAUCUUGUUGAGGAGGUUUGUUGUCUAUUGAACAAGAAAGACAUGGAUGUCGCUGAGCACCCAGUAGGAGUGGAUGAUCGUGUGCAAGAAGUGAUCACUAUGCUUCAAAACUAUCAAUCUAAAGAUGUUAUCAUGGUAGGGAUAUGGGGAAUGGGAGGUGUGGGCAAAACAACUAUUGCUAAAGCUGUUUAUAAUGCAAUUGGUCAUAAUGAAAUUGGUCGAACUUUUGAGAGUAGGAGUUACCUUUCAAAUAUCAGAAAAUGUUGGGGUCGAGAAGAGGGAAAAGUGAGCUUACAGAAGCAACUUCUUUCUAACAUAUGUAUGCCAACAAAAACAGAGAUAAAUAAUACUGAAUCAGGAAAAAUCAUAUUGAGGGACAGACUUUGCCAUAAAAAAGCACUGGUUGUGCUUGAUGAUGUGGAUAAGCCGGCCCAACUAAAUGAUUUAGUUGGAAGUCCUUGUUGGUUUGGUCGAGGAAGCAUAAUAAUCAUCACAACUAGAAAUCAAUGUCUACUCCGUGAAAGAGACUGUGGUGUUUAUACAAUGAAAAAUUUGGAUGAAGGAGAAUCUAUUGAGCUUUUUAGUUGGUACGCAUUUAAACAAACAAGUCCUAAAAAAGAUUUCAAUGAACUUUCAAGAGACAUAGUUGCAUACUCUGGGGGACUUCCAUUAGCUCUUAAAGUCCUUGGCCGCCUUUUAUUUGGUGGAGAAGCAAAGGAAUGGAAGAGUGUAUUGGAAAAGCUUAAAAAAUCUCCCUUUAAAGAGAUACAGGACGAGCUAAAAACAAGCUUUGAUGGUUUAAGUGAUGACUUUAAUGAGAAAGACAUAUUCCUUGAUAUAUGUUGCUUCUUUAUUGGGAUGGAUAGAAAAGAUGUGACACGGAUAUUAAAAGGUUGUGGAUUUGCUGCUCACAUUGGAAUCAAAACCCUUGAGGAGCAAAGCCUUGUAACCAUCCAAGAGGAGAACAAGCUUGGUAUGCAUGAUUUGCUGCGGGACAUGGGAAGAGGAAUAAUUCGUGAACGGUCUCAAUACCUGGGGAAGAGAAGUCGGUUAUGGUUUCACGAGGAUGCACGAACUGUAUUAUUAAGACAGAAGGGAACAAAGGAUAUUGAAGGACUAUCUAUGAAGUCGUCAAAAGGUGGAGAAGAGCGUUUUGAAACAAAAGCAUUUAAGAAGAUGGAGAAACUUAGAUUACUUCAUCUUGAAAAUAUACAACUUGGAGGAGACUACAAGUACAUCAAUGGAGCUCUUAGAUGGCUUUGCUGGCAUGGCUUUCCUGUAGAGCACAUUCCUAAAAAAUUUUAUCAGGAGAAAUUAGUUGUUAUGGAAUUAAAAUACAGCAACCUUAGACAAGUGUGGAGACAACCCCAGUUAUUGGUGAAGCUAAAAAUCCUCAACCUCAGCCACUCUCAUUACUUGGCGGACACUCCUGAUUUUUCAAAACUACCAAAUCUUAAAAAGUUGAUCUUCAAAGAUUGUCCAAAUUUGUCCAAGAUAGAUGAUUCUAUUGAGCUUCUUGAUAAACUUCUUCUACUAGAUUUGGAGGAUUGUAUUGGCCUUCGUAGUCUCACAAGUAUGAUUUAUAGAUUAAAAAGCUUAAAAACUCUCAUUCUUUCUGGUUGUAUUAAUAUUGAAAACCUUGAGGAGAUCAAAGAGCAAAUGAAACAUUUGACAACUCUACUUCUUCCUACAAGAAUUCUUCCGGAAGAUGGAUUGGAGAUUCCUGAUUCGUUCUGUGCCACAAAUUGUAUGGAUAUCUCAACUCUUAAAAACUCCUUGGCACAUCAUGUCAUUCAAAUUGGAAACAAUUCUCAAGUCUUUUGUUCACUUUCAAAGAGUGUUUUACAGGGAUUGAAUUUUACAAAGUAUGGUGAUGGCUGUAUUCUCCCUGAUGACAAUGAUCCCUAUUGGCGAACAUUCAAAGGUGAAGGAGAUUUUAUGGAGCUUUCCACAUCUGAAGCUACAAAUUUAAUUGGCACUGAACACAAACGGGAGGAGGAAGAAGAGGAGGCACAUCAAUCCGUUAGACCUAGAAAAGCAAAGAAGAUGUGA